CCAUCCCAGGUACAACGAGGAUCGCGAGGUUCACGUAGACAUGCACUACCGACUGAACGCCAAAUUGUACAUGGACCUGGCCAGGAAGGAAGUGGCGGACUUUGUGGGAGCGGAUGUCGACAACUUGUUCUUGGUGCCCAACGCCACAACAGCUCUGAACUGUGUGGUCAAAUCCUACCCAUUCGCCAAAGGUGACGCUAUCCUGGACACCACCUGGACCUAUGGAUCAGUGUACCUACUGUGUGAGGAUCUGACUACUAGGAUUCGACCAGAUGUGGAGAGGGUCAAGUUAGAGCUCACAUUCCCCUGCAGUGGUCCUGAAGAGAUCAUUAAAAAGUACGAGGAAACCUUCCAAAAGCAUCCAAAUAUAAAAAUGGCUGUAAUUGACCACAUCACCAGUCCUUCCUCUGUGGUUCUGCCCAUCAAAGAGCUGGUUGAGUUGUGUCAUCGCCAUGGUGCGCUUGCUGUCAUUGACGGCGCUCACAGUGUGGGGCAGAUACCUUUAAAUUUGACAGAGCUGGGAGCAGAUUUCUUCACCUCCAACCUCCACAAAUGGUGUUACUGCCCGCGAGGUUCCGCCCUGCUCUACUGUGCUCCUCAACACACCUCCUGGCUUCACCCCACGAAUACGUCAUGGCACUUAGGAGGCUCUCUAGACAUGGAGUUCUUUGACCUCGGAACCCGUGACCACGUCCCAUUCUACUGCGCCAGAAACGCUAUCCAGUUCUACAAAGCUCUAGGAGGCAUGGAAAAGAUAGUGGGUUACACGACCGGGCUGGCAGAGCAGGCCAAACAGCUGUUUGAGAAAGAUCUAGGUUUGACUCACCUGGACAUCCCAGCCAGCAUGGAGGCUCCCAAUAUGAAGAUGUUAAAACUGCCGCCAUUCCGGGAUUUCCCGUACUGUCCUGAAAACACGUGGAAACUGAUGGAGGCGCUGUUUGGAAACACCAAAAUCUUUGGUAUCCUUACACCGGUGGAAGGAGCUUUCUACUUUCGGUACUCGGUACAGAUCUACAACGACAUGGACGAUAUCCGAGCGGCCGCUGACGUCAUAAAGGCUUUCAUGCGGAAACAUGCUGCUUAAAUAGUAGACAAGAUGAUCAUUUACGAUCUGUGGUAUCGUGGUGAAAUUAAGCGCUUGUGAAAAUAAUGAAAUCGAAGAAAACUUUAAAAAAUAAAAUCUUACCGUAUUUUU